AUGGUUGAAGUUUCGCGAAUCGAAAUUCGCGACACUAUCCAAAAUUCUCUGAAGGGACUCUAUAAAAUUAUGGUUGAUUGGAUUAUCACAUAGGUAAAUGCUCAUCAUGCAAUAAAAGCAGCUUACGAUUUCUCUCAGUCAAUUCCAGGAUUCAGUAUGUUACAUCAUCAAGAUCGAGUUCAGCUGUUAAGGGGUACACUAUUUCAAACGAUUGUACUAGCAAUGCUUUCAUCGCUCAACUCCGACAAAACUCUCUUAAUGCUUCAAUCACCAAUCGAACAAAUUCAUCAGUAUUUCUAUUCACCUUUAAAUAUUUUUUUGCAAAAAUUUAACACUUUAAAAUUGACCAAUCAACAGGUAGCAUUAAUCGGCGCUGCAGGUAUGUGUGUGUCCGACAAACCCCUCAUGCAUCAUCCGGAAUUGGUUGCAUUUAUUCACAAUCGCUUGAGUGAUCUAUUUCAAGAAACAUUUUCGGAAGACUGUCGUGCUGCAGCUCCACAACUCUUGCAUACAAUUUUAUGCGAGUUGAGAAUGCAAAAUGCAGUACAUCAGCAAAGUCUUGAAGCAAUAACAAUUUGGCCUACUACAUGUUGUUCCUCAUCAUCAUCCGUUGCAUCUAAUUCAGAUGAUAGCACUAUCUCAAAUACCAUAAGAACAGGUAUAAGUGAUAAUAUAUCGAGAAACAUUGACACCGAAUUAUUAGUGUUAGGAAAUUGUGGCUUUAUGCAAGGACAGCAGCAAUUAGAACAACCAGUGCAAGAAUUAAUUUCGCCACUUUCUGUUGAAAAUCAACCACAUGAUGAUGUAGAAAAAGGAUAUGGUAGUGGAAGUUGUAGUCAACAGAGGUCGGAGAAUGAGGCAAACGGCUUACAAUCACAAUCAGCCACUCUGUCUCGAACCCAACCAUCCAUCGUUGAAACCCAUCGCUCCGUUGCCUCAUUACUCAAUCAACCACCUAUUUUACCGAUAGCAGCAACUGCAGUACGAAAUGCUUUUGUUCAAAACUGUCAACAAUCGAUACUAUUAUAUCGAGCGGCAACACCAAUAUUGCGCAACACCUCUUUGCAUGAAAUGAAAAUAUCAAAUGAGAUAGUGGAAUCAGUAGAUGAAGAGCCACUGGAUUUGAGUAUAAAACGUUGA